AGGAAGGCUCCGGUCAGCUGUUUCCUCCAUACGUGUGUGUGUGUGUGUUUGUCUGGACAGUGUGGGAAUGUGUGUGAGAAAAAGUUGCAGACAAAGCUGAGUCCAGACUCAGAGAGUGCUCACACUACGACUCGGAGCGUCUGCAGAUCAUGUAGCUCCAAGUUUUCCCACAAACUUUUUGUUUUAGUUUCUUUUUUUCAAAAUUUUGUUUUAGUUCGCUUCACUUUCCUCACUUCACUGUUGCCUUAACAACAGACCCUCGGGAUCUAAUCAGUGCGCUGUUUCAGAGAGAACGUCUUGAUCUGGGCAGCUUGUUGCAUGCAGAGACUAUGCAACCAUCGUCAGGGAGUCACAGCCAUGAAAACUGUGUUCAGAUUCAGCACUGUGCCCAGCUGGAGUUCGUCCAGAUCUUGGUGAUCGUGGUGUUCAUGAUGGUCAUGGUGGUGGUCAUCACCUGUCUGCUCAACCACUACCGGCUGUCUGCGCGCUCCCUGCUCUCCAGGCACUCGCCCGCCCGCAGGAGGCAUCUGCCGCUGGCCAACGAGGGAAGCCUGUGGUCGUCUGACAGCACUGGGACCAGCAGUGGCCUGAACGAGCACCAGGUGUACAACCCGCGGCCCCCGGACAGAGGAGUCAUGUCGUACCUGCAGCGCGACCCGCAGCCCAGCCAGCCGCAGCCUCUGCUUCAAUCACAGCGCUUCCAGCAGGCGUACGGCCCGAGACGCUUCCAGCCGACGUACCCCUACCUGCCCCAGAGCCUCAUCGACCUCCCGCCCACCAUCUCCCUCUCAGACGGCGAGGAGCCGCCUCCCUACCAGGGGCCCUGCACUCUGCAGCUGAGGGACCCCGAACAGCAGAUGGAGCUGAACCGCGAGUCGGUUCGCCCUCCGCCCAACCGAACAGUGUUUGACUCCCACGCCCUGGACCCCUCUCACUCCUGCCUGCAGGCCAGGCUGCAGGCUCCGCCCCCCAGCGUCCAUUCAGGUAUUAGUGUGCUGGAGGCCCAAGAGGCUCUGUCCCGGCAGCAGAAACAGAACUCUCAAGUCGAGGGAACUCCCCCGACUUACAGCGAAGCCAUCGGGCACUUUUACCACCCAGCAACACUCGCCUCCACCCAGAGCCAUCGGACUGUAUCGUCCCUGCAGGGGGCGCCGUCCUCGCUCAUACACGGCCUGCUCAGACCUCUGCCCAAGCAGCAAGGAAGUGUGGAAAACAGGAACACAAGGAACACAAAGGAGAAAUCCCAGAAGCCGGAACAGGUGUGACUGGACUGCUUUCUCUUCAUUCCAGCUUAAAAAAGAAAAACACCCCAAAUUCCAUCAGCUCACCAUUUGGGAAAUCAUCCGCGGACAAAUGAGGAACGAUGACAUGAACGUUAACAUCCGGUGUGAAUGUCUUACACGGCGGAUGUGUGGUCGGACUCGGCCUGAGUGAGAACAUCUGCAUCACCUCUGCAGAGCACAGCUCCAGGAGAACAUCCGGUUCUCCUGGUUUUCCACUUCGCUUCAGAGGAACGCUGAAUGGCGGAGAAGAAGGACGUAAAGUGGAAAAGAUGAAGGUGGAUAGAAGCCUCCGUAAAUUCCUCGUCUCUCCUGUAUCCGAUGGAUCUUUGUUAUAAAUAUUUACUUGUUCUGUUUGCCUCUAUAGGACGUAUCAUUUCCAAGCCUGCAGAACACUUCAAUCGUCUCGGUUCUUGCAGGAUUUGUUUCGUUUUCUUGUGAUAAUCCUCCGUUGCUGCUUCGAGUCCUUAAAUGUUCGCUUCUUCUUUUUUAUUGUUUCCCAACUUCAAAGUUUGCAGCAGCUCCUGCACCGAGCUUUGGCUUUACCAGUGGGGCAUGAUAGCACAUCCGACUAUAUUUCAGUUUAGAUUUAGUUAGCGUAAUCGUAAAACUAGCUCAGCAGGUGUAGCAACAGUGCUAAACGUCCUAAAGCUAGAAGCUCUGCCUUAUUACGACCAACUCCUGCAGGAGAUCCUUGAUUCAAUUUGAUGUCUUCUGAAGAGGGUUUGCACAAAGUCCGACUGUUCGCCGCAGAAGGAGAAUCUGCAGUGAUUAUUGCUAAGAGAGAACGUCGAGAAAGUAGGGGUAUCUUUUAAAAACUUGAUGCAUUCUUUGUUUUUUUUGUUGUCUAGUUUUAGAAAAAGAGACGUGAGAAACACGUGAGGGUGCCAACAUUCACCUUGAGCAUUUUGAAACGUACAUGUUGACUUGUAUAUUCGUUACAUAUGGAGUAUAUAUACACACGCAUGUAUGAACGAGAAUGGAAAAGCACGAAUUUAGAGUUAUUUAUAUAAUUGCUGAAAAGCAUUGCACUAUUUUUUUAGUAUGCGCAGAUGGAACAUUUGAGAGGGACUUUUAUUGUGAAGGAGCUCUGUGUUUUGUGGUUUGAAAAGAGAUUGGAAAUGAUUUGCCAGAGUGUGUGAGCAGCACGGUGCACAGCAGCAACUAUCAGUUGAUGGGAAGAUUCUGACUUUGGUCCAAAGGACUCAGACAGUCCAAUUUCUGUACCAUAGAUGAAAGAAAAAAAAUCUCCAGUUUAUGCAAAUGUCUGAGUCCAGCGAACCAACCAAAUGUCAGCAGCCCACCUGUGGGUCCAAUCAAAAACCCCGAAACUUUCCCGUCUCUCUCUCUCUCUCUCAUCCCUGUCGGCCGAAUCAUUAGCAAUCCCAAAGCUGGCUGCUACUACCUCGACCAAACAAGUGAAGCACAUACGUUUCCUCAACUUAAUCAGACUGUACCAUUUAACAAGCGUCUGAGCUAAUCAAGACGGUGUGUAACAGCAGAAAGGAGUAAAGUAGAAUGUUGUAGAGUUAGUUUUUUGUUUUUUAAUCCUGCUUGGGUGUUUUAUUUGAAUGUCAGAGUUUUAUGCUCAUUAGGUGAGAAGAGAGAGACGCCUAAUGUCCUCAUUGUGGAGCAUUACUCAGGAAGAAAGCCUGUUGCCCAACAGGUCCCUAAAUAUCUGAUAUGCUGACUGUGCACAGUGGCGGCUUCUUAUGCACGAUCCAUAACACCAACAUUUCUCUGAACCUCCUGUUAACAUUCACUCUGUUCACUCUGGUAAGCUUCUCGUUUUUGCGGGCAUCUCUGAGCACUUUAUUGCAGCAGGAAAGAGACAACAAUCCUCGAUUAAAGGUUUCACAAUAUGAACCUUUACCUCUGUUGAUGAGAGUCUUCAAAGUUUACACUUGAUAAACAUGUAUAAAUCAGUCCAGCAUCAGAUCUGCUGAGUUUCACUGAACAAAGCUCUUCUAAACUUAAUCAGAAUGGACCAUAAAUGUGGCCCAACAGUUCUUGGAUAAUGUUGGCAGUAAUAUUUUGGUAUGUUUAUUUUGUUGAAGUUCUUAAGCAAAAUCAUUGAUUUAUUUAUUUUUUUUUUACACAAGAUGGGUUGUUGAAACUAGACACACUGAAGUGUUGACAAGUGACACGAGUGUUAAUAGCAACUCAUCCUGUGUCAGCUCUUUACAAGUGUAGAAAUAGAAACCCAUUAUGAGUCUAAACGUAAAGACGACCAGCUGAGCUUUGUGUCGUCCAGUUUUUAUGCAAUUAUUGAACCAAAUUGAUACUGAAGCUGAUUUAAAUGGAUGAUUCAGAUUAUUUAAAAGAUUAUGAGCAAAUAACAGUUUAAGAACAGUAGAAAACUAGCUUGCCGAUUAGCAUACCGCAUGCUACUUUGGUCAAGAGCGUAAAAUCCAACAAAACACAACUUUAGUAAGAGUGAACCACUGAAAUAUUUUUAAAGAUGGAGGAAGAGUCAUGAACUGCUCAACAUCUGAACCAUCCAUGUAAGUCUGCUAUGUGAGAAAAGAGAACAGAUAAACUUUAACAAGCCUGUUCUCAACAAAAACGUUGAGACUUUCUAAAUAUAUAGACUCUUCUAGCAGUUUUAGCAUUAUUAAGUCGGUAGGUCAGUAACUGACUUCCAGGUGCUUUUUUAAUCUCAGCAAAGUGUUUAGAAACAGCACACCCUGAUCAGAAACCAAUUUGUGUUGAAUAAUGGAAGAAAUCCCAAAUCUCCACCUUAGUUGAUCUAUGCUGACAAAAUUACUUCAACUAUAACCAACCAGAGUGAGUUUUUAGAGUACAAACCAAAGUAAAACAUUUUUAGAUAUUUCUAAUCAAUGGCGUAUGUUAAAGUUAAGCACUUAAAGAUGAAAAAAUCAUGACACCGAAAUCUACCGAAGGAUGAUAUUAGAUCAUGAAUCAUUCUUGACUAUUAAACCAGAGAUAAGAAGGUUUGUAACGAGUGAAUAAAGAUUUGAAAAAGGCUCUGAUCUGGAUGAUUGGGAAAAAGGAUACAACUACUAACAAUAUAAAUAAUAAUAAUAAUAAUAAUGAAUAUGCGCAUCCCAACACAUGAAAAGCCUGCACUGGCUGACAAAACCCAGAGAGACAAGUGGAGGAAGAAGGAAAGUCACACAUAUCAAACAUUUAUAUGCAGGCAAAAAUCAUUUCACAUGCACUGCAAACUCUCUAUACAAUCUUCUUUUUUUAAUGCUUUAUGCCAAUUUGAUGGCUCUUAAGUGAGUUAGUGUGUAUCAGCGCAUGUGAGAGGAGCGUGGGUGUGUAUUCCUGUGCAGUAAAUGUGCAGCGACGUGGCCUGGGAAAGACCUCCAGCUGUCUAGACAAAAACCAAACACACACAACCGCACACACACACACACAGCAGUCUAAAUAAACUACUUAAAGAGCCAGACACACUUUCAUUCAUCUAGUGCUUCCCCCUCCCCCACCACCAUUCUCACUGUGGACCACACAAGGUACAGCAAAAACAUUUAUCUCACACACACCUGGUCUUCCUCCAGAGCGCCUCCCUCCUCCUCCUGUCUCUGAGCUCUUCCUGUUCCCAAGAGAUGCCCGCUGUCCAAUCACAGAGCUCCUUUCCAACAAGGGCCCCCCUCUGCCAUUGGCCGACCGAGUUUGGGUCUCCGUGGAAAUGUUCGUCGUUUGUUGUUGUUGCUAUGUCGUACGUAAGUGUGCCUGCCUGUGCUGAGACGGGCUAAAUGUGAGCGGCCUGUGUGGGCUGUCAAUCAUCCCCGGCCGCGCUGUCUCAGACUACGAUGAUGAUGAUGUUUGGAUGGUGGUGAUGAGUCUGAUGAAGAUUGAUGGUUUCGAUAGUGAUGCCUCAGAAGAUUGUUGCAAUACAACUACUUUUUGCCUUUUUGAUAUUAGUGAUAUUUUAACGUAGUGUGUUAAAUGUAAGAUCUUGUUUUGAAUUAUUGUUAUUAUUGUUGUUUAUCACUUUAGAAAGAGAGAAAAAAGGAUUUCACUUUAUUUCACUGUUCACACAGAAAACUGUUUGCAUUUGUAAAAUUUGAGAGUGUGAAACUACCUAAACACACAAAAGCUGCAGAUCAGCAAGGCAGAAGAGGAAAUCCGUGGCAUGUGCUUCUGUGUUUAAGUGCCCUGUUCAGUUGAAGGUGUUGUUGUUAGUUUGCAAAUUUGUGCUUUUAUAUGUUCAUUUUUGGCACAGAGUUUCAGUCAUUCCCUUUAUUCUUAUUUUCUUAUGCAGUAUAAAGUCUGUUUUUCUUUUUCUUAUCGUCUCCAAACUCUACAUGUGUGCCUUCUGGUGUCCAGUGUUACGUUACUGUUGCCUUUUGACAUUUAACCGAACACAACCUGGAACAUUGAAUAAGCCUGGCUGUGCGAUGUAAGGAAGUCCUGCAGGAAAAGGGAGGAAACAUGCCCAAAUCUAUUAAGAAAACACCAUUUUCAUAACAGAGCAGCAAAAUCAGGAGCUGUGUUCUGAAUUAUUGAAACUCCAUUUUUCUUCACCUGAUAAUUUAAGACAUUAGUCCAGAAACAAGUGGUUCUGGAAGCACUUAUGUGUCAUUAGCACAAGGCGACUGGAGAGAAUUAAGGUUUUACCCCCUUUUUGUGUGUUUCCUCUCAUGCUGCAGUGUUGUGUGCUUCUCCGGUCUUUGAAUCAGCGCUGCACUGGCGCCUCUUCCUCUGACAAUGUUGUAGAAAACAAAACGUGUGAUAACACUCUCUUUUUGUUGCAGUAUGUGAUGUGUUCAUAUUUAAAUAAAACCUCUGUAUUACGACUGCGCCGCAACGCUUGCGACUGUUGUAAAAAGUCUUCCAGCUGUUGUGGAGUUUAAUCCUGAGGGCACAUUAAUGGUGGGAGUUGUACAGUGUGGUGAGUUUGUUCUGCUCCGGAUUCCCGCCUUUGAGAAAAGUAAAAUUAAAUAUAAAAACAUGAAUUACGGUCAGCUUUUCAGCAAUGAGCAGAAUCUUACAAACCCAUCCAGGACAGAACAAGUUGCAACGAUCCAGUGAUCUGUCAUUGCAGAAAAGUUUUGGGGGUUAAACUCCAGACAGUUUUCUCUCACAGCAUGGGUAACACACUUAUAUAGAGAUCUAUUUUAUUCUCAAUAAUACCUGCUUAUUUGUGUAUUAAGACAGUUCCUUUUAACUUAUGUUCACAUUGACGGGUUUAUGUUAUAUUCCUUGCAAAAAGAACUCAACAAUGCUUCAUUGUUGGUGAUACAGAACUUGGUAAGAAUCGGACACAUUUCAGUUAGCCUUUGAAUUAACAACAGUACAAAUAAAAAAGUUUUAUAAAUACA